AUGCGGAAGCAUCGAAGCCUGCCUUCCAAGGUCGAGAGCCUCCUUGCUGAAAUCGCGAAGCCGUUCGACGCUGGUGCACGCCGCAGACGCAAGAUGGAGUUCGCCACUACCAACGAAAUGCUCGAAAAGGCCGCCGCUACUCCCUGCGAGGAGAGGGAUCUGCUCCCUCCGACCGCCCGCGACGCUAUGGCGGCUUGGGCCAAACGCACUUUCGAGCUGACGGCUGCAAAGAAGUCUGCGGGCAAGGUGGAUGUGCCGCCCUCUGCCUACCUAGAGUGCGCGCCUACGCUGCCAACUUUGACAGCAGAAACCGUCGAUGAGCUAGCAGAGCCACAUGGUGCCCAUAUCGUUGAGCAGCCUGCAGCUGUAGCAGAUGCAGAGCCAGCGCCCUUCGUUCCUUCGAAGGUGAAAGAGCCUGCGCUUCAGCAAUCUGUCUUGACGAGAGAACGCGUGGCAGAGCUGUCCCCAGCACUCUCUGUUAGGGGAGUGUUCAGGAAGGAGAAUAGUGACCUGCUUGUGGCGCUAUCUAGCUCAGCUAUCAGCAUGACUUCUGCCGGCUCGCUAGGUGCAGGCGAAGGUGAUGGACUGCUGCCUCCCGGCUCGCCCGAUACGGCAGUCGCGACUGCACUCAGAGCGCGCCGCGAUGCUCAGGGGCUGAGCUUGUCCCCGGCGAUUCGGGACGCUGCUCUCAAAUCGCAUGCCUCCGGCAACACGAAGCAUCAUCGUUCCGUCUCGCGAGCACCGUGCGAUCCGCCAUCCCCUAGACGAAUCGCUUUCGGUAUCCUAGCCAGUCAGCGCUUGCCUGAACCUUCACCCCGACGGGUAGUUUCUUGCGCUCCCGGUGCUCGUCCAUGUGGCCCUCGCAGACGACCCAGCAGUCCCAGCCGUCGCGUCAUGUCAGCCGCACAUCCCAACUCAACUUGGAUGGGACGUGGCAUGA